AGCAUGCACGCGCGCUCUUAGAGUCGUCAAUUUGGCAUUUUAACAGCUUAUGCUUUGACACUUCAUAUGCAUUUCUUUAACGCUUCGUAAUACUUAGAAAAGUUGUAAGCAUAGUGAAGCUAGUAUUCUUUAGUGCUUUUAAGUAUUUUUUUUUUAAAUCAAGGGAGUCAAAAUUAGAAAAAAAAUCUCAAGGAAUCCAAUGACUCGCGCGACGCAUUUUCAGCACCACGGACAGUUCCAAGCGCGCCCAGCGUCUCCGAGGCGCGCGCUCAACGCAAACUUCACCCGCUGAUUGAAUCCUGGAUUCCACUGCUGGAAUUCAGCUAUAUGUUUUAAAUGCAACAUUAGAGUAAUACGAAAUUGUCCGCAAGGAUACGAAGAGAAUAGAAGGACUUUUAACCGGAUGUCUUAGUAGAUCCGCCAGAAAUCUGUCGAUUAGAGGUGAACUGGACAGGUCAGAUUGUGAUCUUCACUAACUCCCCUAACAGGCGGAAGAUGGCGAUGGUACUUGAAUUUGCCUACUACUGCUUACAAGCACACUGAAGUGUCUGAAGUCUUCCCUUUAGCACGGCUCGAGUCCAGUCCCUUUCCAACAAGUGAGACUGCUGAAUAGGGAUUGACCUGUGAAGUGUCCAGAUUUUUGAGCACCAUGGCUCAGAGGUCAACUCAUUUCAGAGGUCACGGUCCCUCCUGGACGCUUCAUCUUACUCUACUGCUGCUUCUAUUGGCCAGGACACACCAAGCUUUGGCUAUCCCAGGUUACAACACUGACACCUCCAAAAAAGAGAUCAUAAUUGAGGGGGACCUGGUGAUUGGAGGCCUGUUUCCUGUUCAUCAAAAGGGGGAGGGGGCUCAGGACUGUGGCCGAAUCAAUGCACAGAGAGGGAUUCAGAGACUGGAGGCAAUGCUGCUAGCCCUGGACAAGAUCAAUCAAGAUGAUCAGAUUUUGCCUGGAGUUAUGUUAGGUGCCCACAUUCUGGACACUUGCUCUAAAGACACGUACGCACUGGAACAGUCACUUGAAUUUGUGCGCGCUUCGCUUACGAAAGUGGACGAUAGUGAGUACACAUGCCCAGAUGGAUCCUACGCCAUCCAUGACGAUGUUCCACUUGCAAUCUCUGGAGUGAUUGGAGGCUCCUACAGUGAUGUAUCCAUACAGGUGGCCAAUCUCCUGCGUCUUUUCCAGAUUCCUCAGAUCAGUUAUGCCUCCACCAGUGCAAAACUGAGUGACAAAUCCCGUUAUGAUUACUUUGCCCGGACUGUACCCCCUGAUUUCUACCAAGCCAAAGCCGUGGCUGAGAUUCUGCGCUAUUUCAACUGGACUUACGUCUCCACGGUUGCCUCGGAGGGCGAUUACGGCGAGACGGGUAUUGACGCCUUUCAGCAAGAGGCCCGGGCCUUGCAAAUCUGCAUCGCUACAUCCGCCAAGGUCAGUCGCUCCAUGGACCCCUACGGUUAUGAAGGAGUAAUCAGAUCUCUGUUGCAGAAAUCCAAUGCUAAAGUAGUAAUCCUCUUCACCAGAAGUGAAGACGCAAGAGAGCUCCUGGUUGCAGCAAAUCGCAUGAAUGUCUCUUUCAUCUGGGUGGCCAGCGAUGGUUGGGGGGCACAGGAGAGUGUGGUGAGAGGGAGUGAGAGUGUAGCAGAUGGAGCUUUUACCAUUGAGCUUGCAUCCUAUUCAAUUCCUGAAUUCGCAACAUACUUCACAAACCUCAAUCCUUAUAACAAUACACGUAACCCCUGGUUCAGAGAGUUCUGGGAAAAUCACUUUCAGUGCAGCCUGCAUGAUAUUACCUGUGGGAAAUAUUCUCUCCGGGAUGGCAAAUUCGAGCAGGAGUCCAAGAUCAUGUUUGUGGUGAAUGCUGUCUACGCUUUGGCCCAUGCCCUUCAUAACAUGAGACAAGCAGUGUGCACAAACAAUACCAAACUCUGCAGUGCCAUGAAACCAGCCAAUGGAAAAAAGCUGUACAAGGACUACAUCCUGAAGACAAAAUUUGACGCUCCAUUUCGCCCAGCUGAUACAGAGAACAUUGUUCUCUUUGAUGCUUAUGGAGACAGUCUGGGCCGAUACAACAUCUUCCAUUAUCACAAAGAGAAUGAUGAGUACGUCUAUAGGAAAGUGGGAUACUGGGCCCAGGAUUUAAGUCUCAACACAAGUCUGAUUCCUUGGGAAAGCCAAGUGGUGCCCACAUCUCAGUGCAGUGACCCAUGUAGAAAAAACGAAAUUAAGAGCAUGCAGCCUGGUGAUGUCUGCUGUUGGAUUUGCAUUCCCUGCCAGCCCUACCAAUACCUUCUGGAUGAAUUCACUUGUGCAGAUUGUAGCUUUGGACAGUGGCCUUUGGACAAUCUCACAGGGUGUUACAACUUACCUGAGGAGUACAUUCAUUGGGAGGAUGCUUGGGCUAUUGGGCCGGUCACUAUAGCUUGCCUUGGCAUGCUCUGCACACUGUUUGUCAUUGGCCUCUUCUUAAAGAACAAUGAGACACCGGUGGUGAAAGCUAGUGGACGUGAACUUUCCUAUAUUCUUCUCAUAGGUGUCCUACUUUGCUAUUGCAUGACCUUCAUCUACAUCAGUAAACCAUCUGCCGUUGUGUGCACUUUAAGGCGGCUCGGCCUGGGAACUUCCUUCGCCGUUUGCUACUCUGCGUUGCUGACCAAGACCAAUCGCAUUGCUCGGAUUUUCAACGGCGUUAAAGAUGGAGCUCAAAGGCCUAGAUUCAUCAGUCCAGCUUCACAGGUGGCUAUCUGUGCUGGUCUUAUUUCCUGUCAACUCCUGGUUGUGGUGGUCUGGCUUCUGGUUGAGGCUCCUGGGGUGAGAAAGGAGGUCAAUCCUGAAAGAAGAGACGUGGUGACAUUGAAGUGCAACAGCAAGGACUCUAGCAUGCUGAUGUCUUUAAUCUACAACUGUGUCCUCAUCAUCCUCUGUACCUUUUACGCCUUUAAGACUCGAAAGUGCCCAGAGAACUUCAAUGAAGCCAAGUUCAUCGGCUUCACCAUGUAUACCACGUGCAUAAUCUGGCUGGCUUUCCAGCCAAUCUUCUAUGUUACUGCCAGUGACUAUAGGGUGCAGACCACCACCAUGUGCAUCUCUGUGAGUCUGAGCGGUUCAGUGGUGCUGGGCUGCCUCUUCGCUCCCAAGAUCCACAUCAUCCUCUUUCAGCCCCAGAAGAACGUCACCACGCUCAGAGUGGCCACCACUCGAUUCAGCGUGACCACUGGCCCUGGCUCCAGCUUCUCUCAAACCUCGGCCUCCAACAUUGUGCCUACUGUAUGUAAUGGCAGAGAGGUAGUGGACUCGACAACAUCCUCACUCUGAGAAACAGGAUUCCUGUUUGUUUGACAAAGGCGGUAUACAAAAAUAUUAUCUUCACUAGUCAUGAAAUCAAGUGUUUGCUAAUGUUGAGGAGGCUAUUCAGAAUAAAAAACUGCCUGUUAUGUAGUUCUCAACGUGCUGUGUUAGAUAAUAUUAGUGGGAUGCCAGUUUAAACUCUGUAUAUCUGUAUGUUUAUACCAGUGUAUGUUCUUUUUAUAGAAACCAUAAUAAAGUAUUGUAUGAGAUAUGGAGUUAAAAUAUAGUAAAUCUGUUUAAAGUAUUAUAUACAAGAUGUUUUUAUUGUAGAUUUAUGGUGAUUCUGG